AUGGCAUCUCUCUGGGUGUUCAAAGAUAUCGCGCUCAUCAUCAUUCAGUGUUUGCAGUGUGAGAAAUUCUACAUAGCUAAUGAGAGAGCUAAAAUUGCUUGUAUAUUACUUGUGAGAAAUGAGAAUUGUCCAACUGAAGUGCCACUACGUCAUAGUUUAGACAAAGAUAUACGACGAAUAUUUUAUCCAUUUCACAUUCUGCUACUUCUGGUACUCUCCCCAAAAUAUACAAUAAAGGAUAACUACAUCACCACCAAUGGAACGAUACGAAACCUUUUUUCUAUUUUUAUUGAGUGCAUCGCUAUUGAUUUUGUAUUCAUUAACUAUAAUAUCGAAUGUGUUUACGCGAUCUCCUUAAUAAUGUUGUUAAAAAAAUAUCUCAAUGCGUGGAUGAACUGUCUAUUUAAAAUCUACUCGCAUCCUAGUAUUGAACUGGCAUUGUUUUUGUGGGUCAGUAAGGAUAUUUUGCUCCUUAUUGCACAGAGUAUGGAGAGUGAGAAGUUCUAUAUAGCCAACGAAGAAGCUAAAGCUACUUGUAUGCAGCUCAUGAAAAAUAAAAAUUGCUCACGUCAUGAACAACGUCUAUACAAGCAAGUGUUGCAAACAAAUCGUACAUUCAGUAGAAUAUCUGCGUGUGGCUUUUUCUACAUCGACGCUCAAUCAACAAUAUCUUUAAUUGGACUUUUGACUGGCUAUGUUUGUGUCUUAUUACAGUUUGCUUUUCUAUGA